CCAGACGCCUGGCGGCUGCAGUAUCGUAAACCCCAUUUUCGCUUCAUGACACUGCGUCAAACAAAGCAUCGAGUGACUGUUUAAAGAUUUGGGUAUUCCUUCUCCAAAACUCAAAGAAUCGUCUCACUCAAAUCAGCGGUUGACAUUUACACGGGUUCCUUGCCCCUGUUAAUAUGACUCAGGCGUCAGAAGUUGUGUCAUACCAUCACAUGAUCACAGCAAGGGACAAAUGAUAUCAUUCGGAAAGAUCAAGGACCUGGAAUAAAAGUCAAAGGGUAGAGUUCAGCUUACUUCGUCGCCUUACGUCGGUAAUGGGCAGUCACGUGGUAUAAACACACAGUCGACAUUUUGAGGGUUGCCAGCGUGACUGCGUUUGUGGUGAAUGUAUAACCUUCCUCGGUGAUAAGCUUUCCAAGACACCAAAUCUGUGGACCAGAUUGAAAGUGAUGACGUGAUUUCGGAUCAGGCCUCUACAAUGGAUGUUACAAAGGACGAGAGCCCGCCCAGCGUGAUAGCUGUUAGCCAUCAUGAUACUGAUGAUGUUCAGGGUGCUUCUGGAGGUGGGGAGACGGGGGAGACUCCCCAUGACUUACACAGCAAUCCGUCUGGUGCUUCCAGGUUCAGUGUGUCACAUUCCGGAGAAUCGCGGGAGAAUUCUGAGACUGGAAACAAAAGGGACCUGAGUGUCUGCAGCAAAUGGAAAGUAACCGAAAGGCUUAAUGAGAAAAUGCUUGCCUCUCGCAAACCUUCAUUACUGGCACCAAUCGCUAAGUGGAUUUGGACAUUACUUCUUGGACUGUUGCUUCUCGCAUGCCUGUCAGCCAGCAAGUUGUCUGUCGUUGGUCUAGCAGAGAGAUUAAACAACUCUACAAGAGGAGCCAUAUCUGCGAGCACCAGAGACGGGAGAAUAGAAGCUAUUCGUGUAUUUCUGAUGAUAGCCAUGAUUCUACUCGUGCCGUACUGUUUCAAUCUUCUCAGAGCUUUGUUCCUGGCGACCUUCAGGAACGACAUGCCGUGGCCAAGCAGCAAGUCUUUAAUAAUAGGAGUUGCUGUUGCCGUAAUGGAGGCAUUUGGACUGUGUUUGUUUGCAUUGAAAGUGUUGGUCAAACACAAAGGCUACCUUGCCAUACUUCUCAUGAAUGCUGUGUUUGUCGUACCAUUCCUUGUCAAAACAGUCUUCUACGCAACAAAUCGACGACAACAUCGAAGAGGCAAAUGGAUCUUUGAUCAUGUGCUUGGGGGCAUCUUUCAGAUCACUGGUUUUGGCUUGGUUGUGUUCCUUGUUUCAGAACAAGACAGUGGUGAUAUAUGGCAUGUGUUCGUUGCCCUUGUCUGUCUCACUGUAGCCUGGGUCCCACACAUACAACAACUGACCGUAAAUCCGACACGGAGACCUGACGAGACAUCUGACGGGACUGGAAAUGGUGUAGAAGACACUGAAACCAGCGUUGCUGGAGGCGGUGGACAAUCAACCAAUCCAACUACCCAAGUCGUCAUUACUACAUGGAAGAUGGCAAUGAUUUCCAACUUUGUUAAAGUUGUCAGUGUGCUUAUUUUCAGCUAUAUAUUGUUUUUUAUUGAUGGCAACGUCUACACUACUGAUACUUCUGAAGAAUUCCUUGAGGCAUGGAGGUUUAUCGUCAACAGUGAUUUUAAUUACUUUCUCACAAAUAUAAUUACAGUACUGGUUGGAUACUUUGUGUCGGUACUUGCCUGCCAGACUGGCUUACAGAAAUGGGCCUUCGCUGUCCCUAUCUGUGUGACCGGUCCUCUCUUCCUGGUGGUGAUGUUGGUGAAAGACUGGUGUACUUUUGUCAUGCCAUUCUCUCCGGGGGCGUGUGUAGACGACUACAGUAAGGUAUGGGCAAUGAUAGCAGCCACAGCGUGUUUCUUCCUGGCUCAUCUUCUGUCUGCAACAUUGCCGAUUUUCAGAAGCAAGUCCACCAUUCUCCAGAAGGAAUCAUCAAUAUUCUGGCUGCCGUCUUACAAUGGAGUCUUGCUGGAACAGUGGUUGAUGCUCAACAUGCAGACAAGACCACGUGAACAGCUGCGACCAGGACCACACAAAUCCCACACCAAGAGUCAAGUGUACAUCUGCACCACCAUGUACAGAGAGAAUGAAGUGGAGAUGCGACAACUUCUCCAGUCCAUCAAUCAAAUCAAUUUGGCACGUGCUGAUGAUGACAAGUUCUUUGAGUCCCACGUCCUCUUUGACAGUGGAAUACAGAAGAAAACCAUCUCGGAAUUUCCGCUACAACUUCUGACUCUGAUCGAGGAAACUCUAGGUAUUAUGACAGACAACUGCACGAAGGUGGAGACACCAUACGGAAUGAAGUUGAGUUGGAACCUGCCGCAGCCUUCUUCCAAAGUCAGACCAAUGACGUUCAACAUACAUCUGAAGGACGGACGUAAAGUUCGAAAUAAGAAACGAUGGAGCCAAAUCAUGUACAUGUCCUACGUGGUCGACUUCCUGAUGACGUCGAAUGAUGAGGACUGCUACAUCCUGACCACCGAUGCCGACGUCAAAUUUACUCCAGACUCGGUUGAAGCCCUCCUUGACCUCAUGACACGUGACCGCUCAGUUGGCGCAGUAUGCGCACGCACCCACCCUAUCGGAAGUGGCCCACUUGUAUGGUAUCAAGUGUUCGAGUACGCUAUACGACACUGGUUCCAAAAGGCAGCAGAACAUGUUCUGGGGUCGGUGCUCUGUGCUCCAGGGUGUUUCAGUGUGUAUCGCUGUGUCGCCCUCAAGGAGAUCCUCACAGUAUACUCCACCAAUGUGGAACAUGCGUUUGACUUCCUGACAAAGGAUAUGGGAGAGGAUCGCUGGCUGUGUACACUGAUGGUUCAGAGCGGUUGGAGAAUUGAGUACUGCGCAGCCGCUGAGAACUCCACACACUGCCCCAGUGAGUUUGAGGAGUUCUACAAACAGAGGCGACGUUGGAUCGCCUCAAGUAUUGGCAACCUCAUGCUGCUGAUCAAACAGUGGCAGAUCAUCCGACUGUUCAACUACCGAGUGUCCCUGCUGUACAUUGUCUACCAGGGGGCGCUGCUCUUCUCCACUCUGAUUGGUCCGAGCACGGUCAUCUUGAUUGUUUCAGGUGGUUUGUGGUUCGCCUGUGGCGUGGGCACUUGGGUGUCGGGGUACCUGCAGCUCAGUCUCUGUGCCAGCUUCAUCUUCAUCUGUCUUUACACAUCAGACAAGACGCAGAUUCUGACUGCGAAGCUGCUGACAGUCAUAUAUGCCAUGGUGAUGACGGCACUGGUCGUGGGGGCGACCAUUCAGAUAGCGGACAACUUUAACCAACUAAAGUCGGAUGAUGGAACUGGAUUUCAAGUAUCAACGGAGAACCUUUUUGUUUCGGAUAAUGGAUCGGGUAUCCCACAUUCAGUGAAAUCCUUUCUUGGAAGCAGUACGUCCGUGUCACCAACGACAAUCUACCUGUCGUCAAUCGCGUCUGUGUUCAUCGUGGCUGCUCUGCUUCACCCGAAGGAGAUGUUAUGUCUCAUAUACGGCAUAUGCUAUCUUCCGUGUCUGCCCUCCGGCUACCUGUUACUGAUGAUCUACAGCGUGUGCAACAUCACAGACAGAAGCUGGGGUACUCGGGAGAAGAAAUCGUAUGGAGAAGACCAGGGGAAACCAGGAUACAAGCGGCUACAGAAGAUCAUGGAGAUCAUAUGUUUUUGCUGUGUGAAACGGCCAACCCCCGCUGACAAGUCCCUCGUAAUUGAAGUGCCCCCUUUUGAGAAAUGGGCGUCAAGCGAGGAUCUAAAGCCUGGCUCUAGCAGCGAACGGCGUUCGGUGGAUGAUGAUGAUGACGAUGACGAUGACGAUGAGGUGUACAUACCUAUCCCCGUGGAGGAGUGGCUUCCCCCGGAACUCAGAGAACACGGCUCACUAUUCAGGCAGCAUGGGUUUCACACUACUCUCUUUAUAUCUGGCAUGACCGAGAGCGAGCUGGACGACAUCGGCAUCAAGGGCAAAGGGCCCCGCCAGAACCUGCUGCAGAUGAUCGAGUCACUGCCUGCCUUUGAGAUAGACUACAAAGUACCGAGCAGUGUUAUAGAAUGGCUGGAGACUAUCGGCCUGUCUGAGUAUGAGCAGAACUUCAAGAGGAACAACAUCAAGAAGACCAAGGAUCUCAGUCUACUGAAGUCAUUCAGGAGGAAGGAGAUAGAGAAGAAACUCAAGAUCACAAUGACCGGUCACAUCAAACGGCUGAUUUACGCUAUACAGAAGCUGCGGCAACCAACUAAAGCUGAGAAGAAGGCGGCCGAGAUGAAAGCUCUCGUGGACAGGUCACCAACACGACUCCUCAGAAAUUCAAACAUUGCCGAAUAUGAUUUCUGGCAACGGCUGAUUGACGAGUGCCUGGAACCUGAUAGCAAGGCCUUCGGCAUUGAGGCAGAGCUGAACGCUAGACUAGGCGAGCUGAGGAAUACGUGGCUCAUGAUUCUGGUUGUCAGCAACUUAAUGUGGCUCAUUCUCAUCAUUACUUUACCCCAGCUCACCGUCCUGGGAACAAGCCCAUUAGUUCUGAGUUUGCUGCUUAUCUUCGGCACCCUGCUGGGGAUCCAGUUCCUGGCGAUGCUGGCCCACCGUCUCUCAACCCUCGUCCACUUCAUGGCCAGGGCCCCCUUCAAGUGUGGCGCACCGAUGAAAACAUCCUGGUCCUUCGAGGGCCAGCGAUGCUGUCAUGAUCAUGAGACCCAAGAUGAUGUGGAGGCCAUCAGAACAAUAAGGAAUGAUGAGGCAAACAUUCACGAGUCACGGAGAAGACAGCUGAUAAGAAACAGUUCUUCUGGAAGUAUUUCUGAGACAGCUCCCUUGAUAAGUCAUUCACAAGAGAGGGAGCUCAAAACACCACCAUUCUUGUAGCUAAGCUUCGAUGAUUUACUGCUUUUCUGUCCCCAGUUAAUUAGCAUGUGGCGUGUUGUACUUUGUUUAUGUUUACAUUUCCGUUACAUAGUGUCACAGUUGUUAUACGUCUCUGUGUAGACACAUGUUGAAUACCCAUGCAUCAUUCACCUCAUCAAACGUAUUACAUAAAAGCGUUAUUUAGUCAGGACAAAAUCAUUGAAGCUGGUGGACCAAACUUCGACAAAAUAUUGUAUUUGCAUUCCGUACAGAUAUGACUUUCAUUCUGUAAAAUUGUUGGGUAAUUACAACUUUCACAACUUUAAAACGUGGAGAAGUGGUUUGCCAUACACAUGACUUGAGGUGUGAGGUGAAAUUGAGUUUAACGUCGCGUCCAAGAUUAUUGCACUUAUAUAGCGACGUGCAUGCACGUGUAUGUGUGUGUGUUGCUGCUUGUACUAGUCCGGACUGAUGCCGAUUUAUAGUGC